AUGAGCAGAGUUUACAUUGGCAAUCUUUCUUCUCGUGCUGAUGAACGUGAUAUUGAAGAUUUUUUUAGAGGAUUUGGAAGAAUUCGUGCUGUUAUGCUUAAAAAUGGCUUUGGUUUUGUGGAUUUUGAUGAUUCUCGGGAUGCUGAAGAUGCUGUUUACGAACAAAACGGUCGUGAGCUAUGUGGAGAACGUGUUGUUGUUGAAAUUUCUCGUCCUGGUGAAAGUGGUGGUGAUUAUCACAGUAGUAGUGGUGGCGGAGGAUACCGAGGGAGCGGAGGUGGAUACCGUGGUGGCGGAGGAUAUCGUGGUGGCGGGGGCUAUCGCGGAGGGGGUGGAUAUCGUGGUGGCGGCUACCGAGGUGGAGGAGCCGCUCGCUAUGGUCCACCCAUUCAAACACGUUAUCGGAUGCUUGUGUACAAUUUGUCUACUCGGUGCUCAUGGCAGUUAAAGUCUCGGAAGAUUAGGAUGAGGAAAGAGAUGUCAAUAUUGAGGUAUCUGAUGAGAUGCGCAAUUUUUAACCAAUUUCCCGCUAAAUUAUUACUGAGGGAUCGCCCGUCCCUCGUCUCUCACUGA